UCGUGAUCAGUUUUAAGUGCCUAUAAAUGUCCACCAUUAAAUUAAAAGGGGCUUUCCAAGUAGCGUCCACGUCCCCUUUCGUAAAUCAUCCUAAAUCAUCCAUGAAGCGGGAGGUGAGCGAAUGAGGCAAACAAUCUUAUAUCAGUGAUGAAUGACAGCUCUCAAACAUCUAAAAUCAUGUUUCACCAACUGACUGCGGAUGCCCUGAACGGCAGCUGCGACUACACCUUGCCCGCUUGUAACAAUGUAACAGGUGAAGCAGCGUUGCAGCUGCCCACCUUCUCCGUGGCAGCAAAAGUGAGGGUGAUAAUCACCUUUACACUUUGCGCAAUAUCUGCAGUGUGCAACCUCGCCGUGCUGUGGGCAGCCAGCACCAAUAACAAGCGCAAAUCCCACGUAAGAAUCUUAAUUAUGAACCUCACAGUGGCCGACCUUCUGGUGACUUUUAUAGUGAUGCCCGUGGAUGCUGCUUGGAACAUUACGGUCCAGUGGCUGGCUGGAGACCUGGCUUGCAGAUUGUUAAUGUUCCUGAAGCUCGUGGCAAUGUACUCAUGUGCGUUUGUGACGGUUGUCAUAAGCCUGGACAGACAAUCGGCCAUUCUCAACCCUCUGGCCAUCAAUAAGGCUAAGAAGAAGAAUAAAAUCAUGCUGAGCGUAGCCUGGGUGAUGAGUGUGGUCCUCUCUGUCCCCCAGAUGUUUCUGUUUCACAACGUGACCAUCACAGUGCCUGCCAAUUUCACUCAGUGCACCACGCGCGGGAGUUUCGUCAAGCACUGGCAGGAGACCCUCUACAACAUGUUUACCUUUAUUUGCCUUUUCCUGAUACCGCUGGCCAUCAUGAUCUUCUGCUACACAAGGAUCUUGUUGGAGAUCUCUAGACGAAUGAACAAAGGAAACAUAUCUUCAAAGGAAGUCCAUUUACGGCGCUCCAACAGCAACAUCCCAAAGGCACGAAUGAGGACUUUGAAGAUGAGCAUAGUCAUUGUAACAUCCUUCAUUGUUUGUUGGACCCCCUACUAUCUGCUGGGCCUUUGGUACUGGUUUCUUCCUGAUGAUUUGGAGGAGACCGUUUCUCACUCGCUGACUCACAUGCUGUUCAUUUUCGGUCUUUUUAACGCCAUUCUGGAUCCUAUCACUUACGGCCUGUUCACUAUCCGUUUCCGCAAAGGGCUGAAAUGCUACUGUCGCAACGUGGCUGUGCUCACCGGGUCGGAGAAUAACUCCAUCGUGACCGGCUCAUUAAAGUGCUCCCCAUCUCCAUUUCGUAUGAAACAAUGUACGCAGACAACUGACCCGGAGGAGAAUUUGGUAGGUGGAGGAGACAAGAAGCCACCAGAUGGUUAAUUGAAGGAAUAGUGGCAACUAAACCACCUCAUCCCUGAAUGUGAGGUUUGAUCACUGAGAUAUUGAUAUGACAAGGCAGGUCUUGUUCUGGCUGUUUAGGUGCUCACAAGAAUAAUGAGCCAACAACUCGUACAUCAGUAACUGCCUGUUCUUCUCAACAACAUGUGACAGUUUGAAAUUAAACCCAGCCGAGUGCAUCACAUCUCUUCGUUCAUUACCUGAUGAGCUGACUAAAUUACUUCCAGCUAUAUUUAAUGCCUAUCAAUUUUCAUGAUCAUCAAUAUGAUUCAGGUGCUUAAUUAUUUGCGCUGU